AUGGAAGAUUUUUUGAAGAUAGAAAAGAUUGGGGAAGGGACUUACGGUGUGGUGUAUAAAGGUAAAAACAAAAUCACUGGAGAGUAUGUUGCAAUGAAGAAAAUUAGAUUGGAGUCUGAAGAUGAAGGCAUUCCAUCAACAGCGAUACGGGAAAUAUCAUUGUUGAAGGAAUUGAAUCACUCAAACAUUGUUAAACUGGAGGAUGUACUAAUGGAAGAAAACAAACUUUAUUUAAUUUUUGAGUUUUUGUCUAUGGAUCUGAAGAGAUAUAUGGAUUCCUUGGGAUCUGGCAAGUUUAUGGAUCCUGCCACGGUUAAAAGUUAUCUAUAUCAAAUUAACAGUGCUAUUUUAUACUGCCACCAACGCAGGAUUCUACACAGAGAUCUCAAACCGCAGAAUUUACUUAUUAACAAGACCGGUAUAAUUAAGGUAGCAGACUUUGGUUUGGGCCGUGCGUAUGGAGUGCCAGUCCGUGUAUACACUCAUGAAGUUGUUACACUGUGGUACAGAGCCCCUGAGGUGUUGCUUGGCUCACAGAGAUAUUCCUGUCCUAUUGACAUGUGGGCUGUGGGGUGCAUCUUCUCUGAGAUGUCUUCAAAGAAACCUUUGUUCCAAGGAGACUCGGAGAUUGAUCAACUUUUCAGAAUCUUCAGAAUGCUCCGGACUCCGACAGAGGAGACUUGGCCUGGAGUGUCAUCGCUACCAGAUUAUAAGCCAACAUUCCCCAAUUGGUCUACUUACAAUCUACACAAUAAUGUCCAAAACCUAGACGAGGCAGGCAUGGAUUUGCUUCAAAGUUUCCUCGUAUAUGACCCAGCUAAGAGGAUCACCGCGAAGGACACACAAAGGCACAGAUAUUUCCGUGAUGUGAAACUGCCCCCGGAAUUAACUCGCACAAACGCGUACAUCAAGAAUGAAGAUGUCAAAGAAGUUUAG